AUACGAGCCCUUCAAACGCAAACCAUAGAUAGAUAUGGAUCUCAGGGUAAAACCGGAAACAGGCACCAAAAACCAUCAUCCAGAACGGAAAACCGCCCUCACAGCAGGAUGAAUUUUCCUUUCAGGUUUUCUUUGUCCAGGUGUGGAUGCGCCGGGAUAUACCUGGCUAGAAUCGGUCAGGGAAUAAGGUUGGCGAUCGUUGGCACUAUCUAUUUUUGUAUUACUCGGAAGAGACCGAGUACCUUGGUUCUUUCUAUUGCGUUGGUGCUCUGGCUCUGUAUGUGGGGGACACAAAGAAAGUUGUAUUCAGAGUUUCCCUAGGGAGCGGAACCUAGAUGAUAAUGCGGGUGGACUAUUAGGGAGCCGGAGUGUCGGUUUUUUUGUUACAAUAACGGGGCUAAGCUAAGGUAGAUUAGUUGAUUUA